CUGGACGGAGCGUUCAUCAACGGGAGCACGCGGACGUGUUUUUUUUUGGGAGGUGCAGGGCUCGAGCAAGACGACAAAUAUGCACGAGACCCGCUCCCAGUGCCCCCAGACCCGGUGGGGAGGGAGACACGCAGAACUGUGAUGAUGGGACAGUUUACGGGAGGAUGCUACCUGAGUUUGGGCAUCCUCGUGCUCCUCGGCUCCCUGGUCCCGGCUUCCCUAGCACGAGGUCCUCGAGGUGAAGCGCUGCAGCAUGGCCAGUCGGGGACGCUGCCUCACUUCCUGGAAGAACCCGUCGACGCUUACAUCGUCAAGAGCAACCCCAUCAAGCUCCGGUGUCAAGCUCGGCCCGCUCUUCAGAUCUUCUUCAAGUGUAACGGGGAAUGGGUCCACCAGAGCCAGCACAUGUCUCAGGAGCACACCGACCUCGGGACAGGGCUGAAGAUCCGUGAGGUGAUGAUCAACGUCUCCCGUCAGCAGGUGGAGGACUUUCAUGGCCCUGAGGAUUACUGGUGCCUGUGUGUCGCCUGGAGCCACCUGGGAACCUCCAAGAGCCGCAAGGCAACCGUCCGCAUCGCCUACCUGAGGAAGAACUUCGAGCAGGAUCCCCAAGGCACCGAGGUGCCUCUGAACGGCAUGAUUGUAUUGCACUGCCGUCCCCCAGAGGGAGUGCCUGUGGCUGAGGUUGAAUGGCUGAAAAACGAGGAGCCUCUGAGCUCCGACGGUGUCAUCGACACGCGAGGCGACCACAAUCUCAUCAUCUCAGAAGCUCGCCUUUCCGAUUCGGGGAACUACACCUGCGUCGCCAGCAACAUCGUGGCCAAGAGACGCAGUGCAACCGCCACUGUCGUAGUGUAUGUGAAUGGAGGCUGGUCAUCCUGGACAGACUGGUCUCCUUGUAACGUUCGCUGCGGUCGUGGCGUGCAGAAACGGUCCCGCACUUGCACAAAUCCAGCUCCUCUCAACGGGGGAGCCUUCUGUGAGGGCAUGUCAGUGCAGAAGAGCACCUGCAACACGCUGUGUCCAGUGGACGGCGGAUGGGGAGAGUGGACGGAAUGGUCUGUAUGCAGCUCAGACUGCGAGAGGCAGCGCAGCAGAGAGUGCACGGCUCCAGAGCCCAAACAUGGAGGACGGCUGUGUGACGGCGUGGCGCUGGCUACGGAGAACUGCACCGGCGGCCUCUGCACACAGAAUCGAAAGCUGCUCCAUGAUGCAAAACCGCAGGGUGUGGUGGAGAGCAGCAGUGAUGUGGCCUUGUACUCAGGCCUGGCUGCAGGCGUAGUGACUGUGGUGCUUCUGAUCGUCGCCGUCACUCUCUACCGAAGGAGCCAGAGCGAGUACGGAGUGGACGUCAUUGACUCGUCUGCCCUCACCGGGGGGUUCCAGUCCUUCAGCUUCAAGACCUCGCGCCAAGCCAACCCGCUGCUCAUUAAUUCAUCCAUGCAACCUGAUCUGACAGUGUCACGCACCUACACCAGCCCCAUGUGUUUCCAGGACUCCAUCGACAAGGAGCUGAUGGCCGAGCGCUCGCUCCUUGACCCGCUGCCUGAUCUCCAGGUCAAAGGGGUGUCAGAGAGGGCAGAGUACCAUGUCAUGUCCCACCCUCAGACAUUUCCGAGGGGCCUGGCUCCGGACUACAAAGGGGUCGCAGUGGGGACGACGCUGGGCAGAAGAGGGAAAAACCUCUUCACUCCGCAGGUCUCCUUGACUCACAGCAGACCUCUUCACAAAGCGACCGCGGUGUUUGGUCAUGCUGGAGGGAGGCUUGUUGUACCUAACACAGGUAUCAGUCUGCUGGUGCCUCAUGGGGGGAUCGCUGAAGACACUACCUGGGAAAUGUACAUGAUCAUCAACCAGGAGGACAGCAGUGCUGUGUCAGAGGACGGCCCAGAGAUCUUUCUGAGCCCGGCCGUGACGUACGGCCCACCCGGCCUCGACCUGACCUGUCCCAUAGCCAUGACCAUCGCCCAUUGUGCUGAGGUCGCUCCUGACAACUGGACCAUCCGGCUAAAGAGACAAAUACAGGAGAACAAGUGGGAGGAAGUGAUGUCAGUGGACGAGGAGAGCACGUCCUGCUACUGUCUACUGGAGGCUCAGAGGUGCCACGUGCUGCUGGAGCAUCCAGGUCGCUACGCCCUGGUGGGGGAGCCGCUGAACCAGGAGGCAGCCAAGCGUCUGAGGCUGGCUGUGUUCGGUAGUCCAGAUAACAGCAACUCUCUGGGCUUCACGCUCAGGGUCUACUGUGUGGACGACACGCCUCAUGCAUUUCAGGAGGUUGCAGUGGGCGAGCGCAGCAGGGGCGGACGGCUGCUGGAGGAGCCCAAAAUGAUGCUGUUCCGAGGAAACACUUUCAGCCUCCAGGUGUCCAUCCAGGACGUCCCACAGUUACUGUGGAGCAUCAAGCCUUUCACCACCUGCCAGGAGUUCUCCUUUUCUCAGGUGUGGGCCAGUAACCAGCGUCCCCUGCAGUGUGCCUUCUCUCUGGAGCGCUACAGCCACUCCUCGUCGCAGCUCUCCUGCAAGAUCAGCGUCCGGCAGGUCAAAGGCGAGGAGCAGAUACUCCAGGUCUACACGUCUGUGGUGGAGAAUGAAAAGGGAGUGGUUCCCUUUUUCACACAGUCAGACUGCACCAUCACCUCUCAGACAGGGUCAAGGGCCUUUAAAAUCCCCCUGUCCAUCCGUCAGCGGAUCAGCGCCACCUUUGACACCGCUAAUGCCAAGGGGAAGGACUGGCAGCUCUUGGCUCAGAAGCUGCACAUUGACAGGAACCUCUGCUACUUCGCCUGUCAAGAAAGCCCGUCAUCAGUGAUCCUGAGUCUGUGGGAAGUCCAGCACCAAGACUCAGGGGACCUGGACUCUCUGGCCAGUGCCCUUGAAGAAAUCAGCAGGGUCCAGUCCCCGCGGACGGCCACUCUGGGCUGCAGCAGAGAAGAGCGGGACUCUGAGUUCGCUGAACUUGGGUAAGGUCAAGUCUACGGCAGAUCAGAUUAAGAUGAACCUUUACUGCAUGAACACUGACGAUCAGGUGUGCUAGCUAACCUGCGUGAGGAGGAGGAAGAGGAAGGAGGAGGACUCCAUUUUGGACUGUUACUAAAGAAGGGACACCUCUGCUAGAACCAACAGCACGUAGAGACAGAUGGGAACGGAGGAGCGACCAAAGGAGAGGAGGAAAAGAGUGGGGGAGCAAAUGCCGAAAGACUAAAGUGUUUGUGUUAUUGAGAAGCACGAAGAGAACAUUUUGGAGGAGGUUUAAGUAUCCUACACCCGUCUUUGAUUGAGAAAUGUCAUCUCCUGACACCAGGAUUAACACAAAUCUAUGUGAAGAGGACUCUCAGAGUGUGUUUCAGACAGACUGCCAAUCUAGCGGCUGGUGCGACCUUCCCGGGAUCGGAUGUGCUGGCACUUGCCCUCAAACAGUCUUCUGGGCUGUCAAAAUGUUUAGUGUAACGUCACUAUGUUGUCAUUCAUUUCUCCAGAUCAUUCUAACGCUUCUCUUUCUUUUUCCUGCACUGUGUCUCUAUUGUUGCUGCUGGAGAUUGAGGAGAAAAACAGGAAGUAAGGAAUGUUGGAUAUUAGUUUUUAACUGAACUUCUUGUCCGUACUAUGUGAUCAGUGACAAUGAUUGUUCGCUCUGAUAAGCAUUUAAAAUAUCUGAUGAUGUCUAUAUGGUUUAAAUAGUGUAAGGGUGUUUUAAGAGGUGUGAUCAGACCAAACGUGAAGCACAUUUUUUGCACACUGAGGUUACAAACGCAGUCAGUGCAGAGAUGCAAAUAGAUGGAAAUGUGUUCCAGGCAAGGUGAACCAUGCAAUUCUAAUCACUGAGUCAUUUUCAUUUCAGUAAAAAUUCACACAAGGCCACAUUGCAAAAGCCCUUCAGGUUGAGAUACUCCUGCAGGAAAAUACUGCAUCAGUUGAGGUUAAACCAAACUCCAUUCAAAACACACACAUUUAAAGAGUUUGUCUUGUAUUUUGCAGGUGGCCCUGACAAAGCAUGAGUUUCUGUCUUUCUGCAAAUCCACAUCAUGUUUAAGUCAUUUUGGCUUCCCUUUGUACAACAAAUUCCCUCUAACUCACAGCAGAUGUGUGACUUGCAAGAUACAGUGAAACUGCCACCCACCUGAGACAGAUGGACAAAUUCCUGUCGCUUAAAAAAUCUCAGUCACAUUUUUUAUCAAAUUGGAUUCACAAUUUGCACAAAGCGGUGCUGUGAAAGUAUGAGGUUUAGAUUUUCCUGCAACCUGAUGUAACAUCAGUCAUGGUCAAUCCAAACUCCAUUCAAAAAACAAGCAUUUAAAGAGUUUGUCCUGUAUUUUGGAGGCGGACAUGACAAACCAUGAGUUUCUUUCUUUCUGCAAAUCCACAUCAUGUUAAAGUCAUUUCAGUUUACUUUUGAACAACAAAUUCCCUCUAACUCACAGCAGAUGUGUGACUUGCAAGAUACAGUGAAACUGCCACCCACCUGAGACAGAUGGACAAAUUCCUGUCGCUUAAAAAAUCUCAGUCACAUUUUUUAUCAAAUUGGAUUCACAAUUUGCACAAAGCCGUGCUGUGAAAGUAUGAGGUUUAGAUUUUCCUGCAACCUGAUGUAACAUCAGUCAUGGUCAAUCCAAACUCCAUUCAAAAAACAAGCAUUUAAAGAGUUUGUCCUGUAUUUUGGAGGCGGACAUGACAAACCAUGAGUUUCUUUCUUUCUGCAAAUCCACAUCAUGUUAAAGUCAUUUCAGUUUACUUUUGUACAACAAAUUCCCUCUAACUCACAGCAGAUGUGUGACUUGCAAGAUACAGUGAAACUGCCACCCACCUGAGACAGAUGGACAAAUUCCUGUCGCUUAAAAAAUCUCAGUCACAUUUUUUAUCAAAUUGGAUUCACAAUUUGCACAAAGCCGUGCUGUGAUGGUAUCAGAAUGAGAUUUUCCUGCAAACUAAUAUAAAGUCAGUCAUGGUCAAUCCAAACUCCACUCAAAAAACAAGCAUUUAAAGAGUUUGUCCUGUAUUUUGGAGGUGGACCUGACAAAGCAUGAGUUUCUGUCUUUCUGCAAAUCCACAUCAUGUUUGUUUUUGUUUUGUUUUUUUAAGCUACAUUUUUGCAGGCUGUAUCGCCUUUAUUUGAUAGGACAGCUGAAGAGAGACAGGAAAUGUGGGGAGCAGAGAGCGGGGAAAGACAUGGAGGAAAUGGUCGCGGCCGGGAAUUGAACCAGCGACCCCUGCAACAAGGACUGUAGCCUCUGUAUGUGUGGCGCUUAGACCGCUAGGCCACCAGCGCCCCAUCCACAUCAUGUUUAAGUCAUUUCGGCUUCCCUUUGUCCAAGAAAUUCCCUCUAAAUCUCAGCAGAUGUGUGAGUUGCAAGAUACAGUGAAACUGCCACCCACCUGAGACAGAUGGACAAAUUCCUGUCCCUCACAAAAUCACAGUCACAUUUUUAUCAAAUUGGAUUCAUAAUUUGCACAAAGCCGUGCUGUGAAAGUAUCAGAAUGAGAUUUUCCUGCAACCUGAUAUAAAGUCAGUCAUGGUCAAUCCAAACUCAAUUUAAAAAAACAAGCUUUUUAAAAAUUGGUGAUCUUGUUGUCCUGAAUCCAGACCUGACAAAGCAUUUUUUUAUCUUUUAAAAAAUCUGCAUCAUAUUGGAGUCAUUUUGGCAUCCUUUCAACCCACACACUUCAACUAAAUCACUGCAAAGCCAGUUUUGAGUUCUCACCCCUGUAGUAAGCCAGGUAGCAGCUGCCGUAUGACUUGCAAUAUACAGCGAAACUGCCACUCACCUCAUUCUGAUUGACAGAUUCCUUACUCACAAAGUCUGUGAGUCACAUUUUUCAACUUUGGUACAAAAUUUGCAAGAGGCUGUGUUGUGGAAGGAUAACAGGUGGAGAUUUUUCUGCACCCUGAUGCUGGAUCAGCUGUGCUCAAAUCCAAACCCCAUUUAGAAACAAGCAUUUUAAAAGUGAUCUUAUUAAGCAUGAUGUAUUUUUCAUAUUGCCAUCAUGUUCAACUCAUUUUUUGAUGCUUUUUUUUCCAACACAUUGCUGAUUCACUGCAAGACAGUUUUAUUUUUGGUUCACAUCCCUGCAGUAAACACGGUAGCUGCAGAUGUGUGACUUGCUAGAUACAGUGAAACCGCCACUCACUUGAGUUCCUGUCACUCGUAAAGUCUCAGUCAUAUUUUGUAACUUGGAUACAAAAUUUGCACCAGGCUGUUUUGUGAAAGCCUAUUAGACUUGACUGUGCUUGCAACCUGAUAUUGUUAUUGUUGUCAUGCUUGCACCAAACUCCAUAUAAAAGACAAGCAUUUUAAAAGAAACCCUCUUGCUGCAUCACCGCCAGAUCUGACAUAGCUUUAUUUCUUUCCAUUUUCAAACCUGCGUCAUGACCAAAGGUGCAUUUCGACCAAGAGUUCCGGGGUCCUUUAGCCCCCACAACUACUUUCCCCGGAACUAAAAGGUUCCUGUGCAACCAUUGUUGUCUGCGUUUCGACCGCAGGCUGAAGUCACGGGUAGAUUUUGCAAAUCAGGCCAGUGACGUAUGGAGAAAACAAACCAGUAUGUAUUCCCAGGAACUCCCUCUGUGUUUCAACAACUGAGUUAACACCACAAACACUGUUAUGUUCAACCGAAAGUCCCAGGACCUUUGAAAAGUAUUACUCCCCUAAGCAGGGGCUUUUCAGGGGGGAGAUUAUCUACCUCUGAACUAAAUUUAGACCCUGGUUCCUCUGGUCAAAACACACACGUAGUUCAGGGGUAAAGUCCCUGCAGUGGAAAACAUCUCAAGUCAUUUCAGCAUCCUUUAGCCUGAUAUAUUGUCACUAAAUUCCUGCAAAGUCAGUGUAUUUUAGGUUCACACCUCUGUAGUGAGCCAGAUUGCAGCAGAUGUGUGACCUUUCAGGCACAGUGAAACUGACACUCAUCUGAUACAAAUGGACGGGCACUUUGUAGCAUUUGGGUCCUUAAAAAAAUCUGGUACUAAGAAGGAAGUAGCUGAAAGCGUCUGCAAGUUUAUCCAGACAGAUCCUGGAGAAGAUGGUGUGAUUUACUGAGCGGUGUGAUGAUGGUUUCUGUCAAACCAGCAAAAACUGACAUAACAGUCGACGGUCAAAGUCGACUGAGUAACAAGUUGCAAUUUUCUGCUUUACGUUUGGUCUGAACACAGUUUAAGAGAUUAUUCAAAAAGGUUUUAGAGAGCUAUUUUGGUGGAUUAUAUGGAUAACCAUCAUUUUAAAGAGACAUCCACAUAUAGAACCCAUUAGCAGAUCUAGUUGUCAAAGCAGAGGCUGCAGCAGGGAAGUUGCUGCAAUGUAAAAUGCAAUGCACCUGGCACUGCAGUCAAAGGUGCACCACAUCCCUUUAUGUCUAGUGAUUAACUUCUGGUUCUUUUGAAGGAAAAAUUACUGCCUUGCUGUGUGAUAAGUGGCUUUAGAACCAGUCAGACAGUGAGAACAUUAUAAACACUGCAAACUGUUGGUUAAGUGGUGUGUACUUUCAAGACCCUUUGGGACUGAGUUCUUCUUGAUUUUGAAAUUUAAAUUCUGACUUUUGAUGUGUGGCUUUGCUGGAGCUGCCUGUCCUUUUUAUUUUUUCGGAUCAUAUGGAUCAUCGGGUACUCGGACAUCAUUAUCUGGAGACACUAGCCGACUCUCGCUCCCACUCCUCUGUCUUAUCUCCUCUGAGAGACAGCCAGCAUCCACUUCAACAAAGAUACCCUCAUGAUCAGGAGGAUCCCUCCAUUCAGUUGCUCCACCUGCCCCCCUAAACAUAAUAAAAGUGACUUUGUGUUGAA